GUGGACCCGUUGACAACAAAGAAGGAAGACUGGCAAAGAUCAAGUUAAAAGGAAAAAGCAAAGUUCAAAGUUGGUCCUGAGAAAAAGGUGCCAGCAAUGCCUGGAUCGCCUGUGGAAGUGAAGAUACAGUCAAGAUCUUCACCUCCUACCAUGCCACCACUUCCACCAAUAAAUUCUGGAGGACCGAGGCCAGUGUCAUUUACUCCUACCGCAUUAAGUAAUGGCAUCAGCCAUUCUCCCCCUACCCUGAAUGGUGCCCCGUCACCCCCUCAGAGGUUCAGCAAUGGCCCUGCCUCUUCCACAUCAUCUGCACUAACAAAUCAACAGCUGCCAGCUACUUGUGGCGCUCGGCAGCUCAGCAAGUUGAAACGCUUCCUUACCACUCUGCAGCAAUUUGGCAGUGACAUUUCUCCCGAAAUCGGAGAGAAGGUUCGGACUCUUGUUCUCGCACUAGUGAAUUCAACUGUAACUAUUGAAGAAUUUCACUGCAAGCUCCAAGAAGCUACUAACUUUCCUCUUCGUCCUUUCGUAAUUCCAUUCCUUAAGGCCAACCUGCCUCUGCUACAGCGAGAACUGCUACACUGCGCGAGGGCUGCUAAGCAGACCCCAUCCCAGUACCUAGCACAGCAUGAACACCUUCUGCUCAACACAAGUAUCGCUUCUCCAGCUGACUCUUCCGAGCUGCUCAUGGAAGUGCAUGGAAACGGAAAGAGGCCCAGUCCAGAGAGGAGGGAAGAGAGUGGUUUCGAAAGAGACACAAUUGCUCCUGAACCUCCCGCCAAGAGAGUGUGCACCAUCAGCCCUGCUCCCCGGCACAGUCCUGCCCUCAAUGUGCCGAUCAUGAAUCCUGGAGCCCAGUUCCACCCUACUCCUCCUCCUCUCCAGCAUUACACCUUGGAAGAUAUUGCAACUUCCCACCUUUAUCGUGAACCCAACAAGAUGAUAGAACAUCGAGAAGUUCGUGACAGACACCACAGUCUUAGUCUAAAUGGAGGCUAUCAAGAUGAGUUAGUAGACCACCGUUUGACAGAAAGGGAAUGGGCUGAUGAAUGGAAACAUCUUGAUCAUGCGCUGAAUUGCAUUAUGGAAAUGGUAGAAAAAACAAGACGUUCCAUGGCAGUUCUCCGACGCUGUCAGGAAUCUGAUCGUGAAGAGCUCAACUAUUGGAAAAGGCGAUAUAAUGAAAAUACAGAGAUGAGGAAAACAGGGAGCGAGUUGGUUUCCAGGCAGCACAGCCCGGGGAAUGCAGAUUCUCUCAACAAUGAUUCUCAGCGGGAAUUCAACAGCAGGCCAGGGACAGGAUAUGUACCUGUGGAGUUUUGGAAAAAAACUGAAGAAGCUGUGAAUAAAGUGAAAAUACAGGCGAUGUCAGAAGUACAGAAAGCUGUUGCUGAGGCCGAGCAAAAAGCCUUUGAAGUGAUUGCAACAGAGCGAGCUCGAAUGGAGCAGACCAUAGCGGACGUCAAACGACAGGCUGCAGAGGAUGCUUUCCUCGUCAUAAAUGAGCAAGAAGAAUCAACAGAGAAUUGCUGGAACUGUGGCCGCAAAGCCAGCGAGACCUGCAGUGGCUGCAAUAUUGCACGAUACUGUGGGUCUUUCUGCCAGCACAAGGACUGGGAGCGGCACCACCGUCUUUGCGGCCAAAACUUACAUGGCCAGAGUCCCCACAGCCAAAGCCGCCCACUGCUUCCUGGAGGAAGGGGCUCCUCAGCCAGGUCUACUGACUGCAGUGUGCCCAGUCCAGCCCUGGACAAGACCUCAGCAACCACCUCACGUUCCUCUACACCUGCCUCUGUGACAGCCAUUGACACCAAUGGACUCUGAGCUAUAGACAUGCUUUGCUCCGAUGACCUCACAGCACAGUAUCACACUGCACAGUGCUAAUAGCUAAUUGGGUCAUCAGCAAGAAGGGAAGUGGAGGCAGGAAGAGUGCAAGUCUGUUAACACCCUCCACAACACUUGGCUACUUUCCUCUUGUCCUUGGAAAUUGUUGGCCAGAGCUGUCUUCUCCAUGAUUUUUUGAAUUGCUCUUCCAAAUAAUGCUGGCAUGGCAGCCCAUUCCCAGUGGACACCACCAAGCCUCUGCCUCUUGAGACCACAGACUUCAAGUGUGCCCACAAGACUGGAGCUGGCGCACCACAGGUGCUGUCCUCCCACAGGAGAAAUCUGGAGGUUGACAGGCUGUGGAGAAGUGGAUCCUCUCACUCCACACAGCUCCGUGCGUCCCUUUUCCAACCUCAGAAGAUGCAAUCGAUUGGCCAUCCCAGUACGUGGGCAAGCGAGAAGCAGCACUCAGGACUCUCCUCAACCCUGCUGUUCAGACUUGUUAAGAUUCUAAGAAAUCACAGGAAAGAAGUCAUUUAUAAAAGCACACCAAUUAUUUUAAAAAUAUCAAUAAAACUUCCAUCAAGUACUACAACUCUUUUUGGACAAGAUUUUAGAAUCUUCCUGACUAGUUUGGAACCCUUUAUUUUCCUCUUGUUUGAUUUUGCUUGUGCAGAAAAUAGUUUCCUGCGCAUGGAUUGAUCUGAGAGAGAAUGAGACUCAACUGGACAAUUCGUUCUCUCAGAGCAUGUUGGCCAAACUAGUAUCGUUGAAUGAUUGACCAGAUCAUGUAUGGAAAUGCAGAACCAUUUGUCACCACGUGACUGUUUGUACAAUCUUCUCGUGUCCUUGUGUCAGACCAGGCAUGUCUGGAUCAUUACUGCACAAAGCUUCCUCCCAUGCUCUCUGGUUCUGCCUCUUAAACUCCACUUGUCCUCUUGGCUAGGUCUUGCCUUACCUGUCAAGGCCUGGUUACGUCUAAGCAUUUCUCCUGGACCAGAAUGAAUUCUUCAAAACUUA